AUGCACCCCGGUCCCCCUCUCGCACCCCAUUUCUCCUACUGGUCCGACCCCCACCACGACUAUCCCCCGCCCCCGUACCCGCCCGGCGGCGCCGACGCCCAGCCCGUCCCCUCCUUCCCCCCGACGUUCGCCCACUGUCCCCCGCAAGAACACGUGUCGCCGCUCUACGCGCUUCCUGCCCCCGCCUACGACGCGGUCCCGCAGCACGGUCUCUCGUACCUCGACUCUACGCAGAGAUCCUCCCUCGCACUCGCGGACCACCCCGCGCCCGUCUCCCCGCGCCUCUUCUCGCACUACGACCCCCGGUCCCAGCCCCCGCCCGAGCCUGCCUAUGUGUUCGCUGCCCCGAACGCCUCCACGUCUGCGUCCUUCUCCUCCUCGACAGGCUCCUUCCACUUUGGCGUGCCCGAGUCACAGCCUCCCUCCUUCCAGCCGGCGCCUCUUUCAUACCACUUUGACACUUCGAGUCAUCCCCAUCAAGGACGUCCUCUGAGCUCCUCUGACGACCUCGGCCUCGGGUUCGAGCCCCGAACUCUCAUGCUGCGUCUCGACCAGCGCUCCCUCGAACCCGUCUCCUCGUCCGCCAGCCCCCCGCUCGUCUUUCCCACCUCCGACUCUGACAGCAGCAGCUCCAACGGCAGCGGCGCCUCCGACUCGGACCCCGACUGGGAGGACAGGGACGGCGCGUACUCCCGCUUUGCCCUGACGACCGCCCUCCCUCCGACGACGCUGCCACCGGCACCCCCAUCAUUUGGCUCGCCAGAUGCACAGGGGGCUAUGGGGGCACUCCCAUCGACGAGCGUCGACGCCGUUAUGGGCAUCGACAGCGAAAUGGGUGCCGCAGACAUGAUGAGCACGCGCAGGCGCUCAUCGCGCAGCUUUGUCUCGGGCGAUUCUCCUGCGCCUGGAACCUCGUCGACACACCGAGCUUACUCUGCUCACGACGACGCUCAUCACAGCGCGGAGGAGGGAGCUCCGACGGAGCCCAAGCCGCCUCGACGCCGCGCGAAAAAGCCGAGCGCAAAGACACCCAAGAUGCACGCAUGCAUCGUGUGUCGCAAGCAGUUCCCGCGGCCCAGCGGGCUCGCGACCCACAUGAACACGCACUCGGGGGCAAAGCGGGUCGGCUGUCAUACAGCGUACAAAUGCCCGGUCCAGACGUGCAACAAGUCGUUUGCCGUGCGCUCCAACGCGAAGCGGCACCUCCGCACUCACCGCUCCGCCUUUGCGUCAUCACCCGCGCUCCAGACCUUGUCGCUCGACGCGUCUACCUCCGGUUCGAUCGCACGCACCAUACGCAGGUCAUCAACGCCGACAUCCGCGCCGUACCCACAUCGCCGUUCGUCUACCGUGUCGGCGCUCCAUCCUGCGCCUGCGAGACUUUCACCUCCUCCCACACCUCUGUCCCUGUCCUUGGCUCUGCCCGCCCCACACCUACAUUCGCGCGGGGAUAUGGUUGCAGGUUCGCCGCCGCCGCCUCCCCUCGCGACGAAACCCCGCGGCGAUGCGCACACGCACACCGCCCCCUCGCAUGCGCAGGGAUACGCCAGUCCCAGCGCGGACACGGGGCCCGCGAGCUGCUUCCCGGCCUCGCUCCACUCGCGCGAUAACGCGGGCUGGCUCGCUGCGCGGGGGGUGUUCGCGGCCCCGGGCGACUUUGGGAUCGAUCUCCCGUGGGCGCCGCGCGUGAGCGUGCCCAUGGCUGCUGCGCCCUCGCGGCCGCGGUAUCACGAUGGCUUCGCGGCCGGCGCGAGCUGGGGCGGGAAGUACGAGGAGGCGGUGGAGGCGGCGUCGGUCAGGGCGGGAGAAGGCGGGGCGGGGAGGUGGACGGGGAUGGACCCGAGAGUAGACUCUGGCUUGGGGUUCCCGUAUCAUCCGGCAGAGGUGCGUUUCGUCGCAUCCCCCCGUCUCGGGCGCUUCGUGUAUGCGUCGAUGCUGAGCGAUGGUUUCCUUAUUAUUUUGAUUUGUACAGUGGCAGACGUUGCCGGGGCCGGUCGUGGCGUGUCGGACUUGAACUCUAUACACGUAGAGGCGGGACGGCGAGCGGAUCUAUGGACUCGACGGGGCGGGGGUCGCGUCGCGCGAGAAUAA